AUGUUUUCAGGACUAACAAAUCAGGUUUCUUCCUGGAUGGGAGCAGCUAAGGGCGAGCCACAAGACGAAGAGGUCCCUACCCCAACCAAGGACGCUACUGGAGAACAAACGGAAGGCGAAAAACAAAGCCCCACAAGAGGAGGAAGCAAGCUGGAUCUUAUCACUAAUGUCAAAUCACAGAUGACUGGUUGGCUUGGAUCAGGAAUUCCAAUACCAGGUCUUAAAAAAAAUGAGGCCCCGCCCACUGAUCCUGCAGAAGCCACUGCCUCUGAGCCUGCUGAGGCUGAGGAAGCCCAGCCAGAAGGAAAGGAUGAUGAUGAUAACUCCAGCGCUACUGGUGGGGCGGACAGCAGGCCUGCAUCUACAGGCGGUACUCCCACGGAGGAGCAGCCAGGUGGAGUCGGGAACGUGACGACUAAAGCGGUAGCUGGUGCCAAGUCGCUGGGCAACUUCCUCUACUCUGCUGUGAACAAGGCCGGCGCGAAGGUCAGCGAGGCCGGUGCUAAGAUUAAGAAGACGGUCGAGGAGAACAGCAUACUGGGCGAGUUCAACCGCGAACAGGACGCGUUCAUCAAGGGACAGGAUUCCCGCGGGGGUGGCGCUGCCGUGGCACCCUGGGUUGGAGCUCCCAACGAGGCCGCGCUCAAGGAAGAGUGUCUGUCACUCUCUACUGAUCGGCGGAACUUCGUGCGCGCGCCCCCCGCUGGCGUGGAGUUUGAGUUCGACUACGACAAGAUGUACCCUGUGGCCGUAGCUAUCAUGGGUGAGGACCCCAACCUCGAGAAGAUGCGCUUCGACCUUGUGCCCAAAGUAAUCACGGAGGAGAAUUUCUGGAGGAAUUAUUUCUACCGUUUGUCGUUGAUCUGCCAAGCCAACGAGGCCGACGCGGCAGCAGUCCGCCAGCCAAGUGCCGACGACUCACAGGAUAAAAUAUUGGCAAGCGAGAGACUUAUAUCCAAAGAGAAGUCGUCACAGGAAUCAAUCGACGACGCGAAGAAACGGAUAAAGUCAUUGAAAGUAGAUAGAGAAAACGACGAUGAGCAAUGGGAGAAGGAACUUGAAGCCGAGUUGAAAGAGUACGAGGUAGUAGCAGAAAAGACUGGAGAUGAUAAGUGGGAGAAGGAGUGCGAAGAUCUUCUAGGAGAUGAUCUCGAUCUCAAGUAA